GUUAUUGUUUUAUUUAUUAUUACAAGCACUGAAAUGUCCGACGACAUUAAAAAGUAUUUUAAUGGCCUGCUGCACAAGGUCAGCGGCCUCUACGUCAUACAGAUAACGGAUCGCGAUGGGGUGCCGCUGCUACGGGUCAGCCACAACCAGGAGAAGAAUGUGGAUUUUGCGUUAAUGCCAUCUUUUAUACCCACAUUCACAACGGCCUGCGAUCAGGCCAGCAAAUUGGGCCUAGGUCGUAAUAAAACCAUUAUUUCCAUGUAUUCCAAUUAUCAGGUGGUGCAAAUGAACAAAUUGCCAUUAAUUCUGACAUUUGUUGGCGCCGAGGAUUGCAAUACGGGUCACAUAUUGGCCUUGGAGCAUCAGGUCGAUGGCUAUUUGGAGGACAUUAAGCUUGCCGUUACAGAGCCAUAAAUAAAUCAAACAACACUUUUGUACGAAAUACGAAUGUGUAGUGUAUGUAUAUUGUAUAUUUAAUAAAAAAUGAAACUUUUUGCUUGGCUUAAA